AUGAGGACACUGCCACUCUUACUGUUGCUGUUCCUGGACCUGGGACAGGCCCAGGGACCCCUGCACAGGGUGCCCCUCCGAAGGCAGCCGUCUCUCCGGAAGAAGCUGAGAGAGCAGGGCCAGCUCUCUGAGUUCUGGAAAGCCCACAAGGUGGACAUGGUCCAGUUUACCGAGACCUGCACUAUGGAGCAGAGUGCCAACGAGCCCCUCAUCAACUACCUGGACAUGGAAUAUUUCGGCACCAUCUCCAUCGGCUCCCCACCGCAGAACUUCACGGUCAUCUUUGACACCGGCUCCUCCAACCUCUGGGUGCCCUCCGUAUACUGCACCAGCCCCGCCUGCCAGAUGCACCCCCAGUUCCGGCCUUCCCAGUCCAACACGUACAGCGAGGUGGGGACCCCUUUCUCCAUUGCAUAUGGCACCGGGAGUUUGACCGGAAUCAUCGGCGCCGACCAAGUGUCUGUGCAAGGCCUGACCGUGGUUGGCCAGCAGUUCGGAGAAAGUGUCAAGGAGCCCGGCCAGACCUUCGUGAACGCAGAGUUCGACGGCAUCCUGGGCCUGGGAUACCCGUCCUUGGCUGCGGGGGGAGUGACCCCGGUGUUUGACAACAUGAUGGCCCAGAACCUGGUCAGUCUGCCAAUGUUUUCUGUCUACAUGAGCAGUAACCCCGACGGUGGUUCGGGGAGUGAGCUGACGUUUGGAGGCUACGACUCCUCCCAUUUCUCUGGGAGCCUGAAUUGGGUGCCGGUCACUAAGCAAGGCUACUGGCAGAUUGCGCUGGAUGAGAUCCAGGUGGGAGGCUCCCCCAUGUUCUGCCCCGAGGGCUGCCAGGCCAUUGUGGACACAGGGACCUCCCUCAUCACCGGCCCCUCAGACAAAAUCAAGCAGCUGCAAGCCGCCAUUGGAGCGACACCCAUGGAUGGAGAAUAUGCCGUGGAGUGUGAGAACCUCAACAUCAUGCCAGAUGUCACUUUUGUCAUCAACGGUGUCCCCUACACUCUGAGUGCCACGGCCUACACCCUGCCGGACUUCGUGGAUGGAAUGCAGUUCUGCGGCAGUGGCUUUCAAGGACUGGACAUCCAGCCGCCCGCUGGGCCCCUCUGGAUCCUGGGGGACGUCUUCAUCCGGCAGUUCUACUCGGUCUUUGACCGCGGGAGCAACCGCGUGGGGCUGGCCCCUGCAGUCCCCUAGGUGGGCCCUGUGUCUGCGCCUCCCCAGCACCUGCGCCGCCUGUUGGGCUGGGGCUUUCUUU